CAUGCAGACAGAUUUAGACCCACCCCUAUUAUCAUCCCACAUGGAAGUGUGAGGAAAGGCCUGCAAGACAUCUGCCUCAGUGCCUCUUCUCUCUCUCUCUCUCUCUCUUCUCUCUCUUGCUCUUUCUCCCUGCAUUUCCCUCUCCAUAAUAAAGGAUAAUAAUAAAGCGGUUACAGUAGUUUUAGUUGCAACUCCUUCACAUUUAAUUUCCCCCCUUUUAAUUUUUUUUUUGGUAGUUUCGUCGCAAUCUCUUGCAUUUUGGAAUUUUCUCCUGUUGCAUUUUCUUCUUGGAUAGAUCUGUGUUGGCAUUUACUUUCUUGGGAGCUCAAGGUAAUGGGUUUCCAUUGAUUGUUUGUUGCCAUGGCUUUUACCAAGUUCUGUUGUAUGUUGUCCUCUAUAUAAUGAAAAAAAAAAUAAAGAUUUGAUUUUGUUGUCUGGGUAUCUUGAAUUUUUGCUUCUGUUUAUGACUGGUUGAAUGUAGAGGCAAAAUCGACCAUUUUUCUUUGAAGGAUCUUGUUGGAAGGAAAUUUAUUGUGCACAAAAGUUGAUGUCUUGGUGGUUGGUGCUAAUAACUUCUGAUUACCUGUAAAUUACUAGGAUUUGAGUACAAAUUUUGGAUGUUUGCUUGAGAGAAGCUGUGAAGAACUCACGAUUGAGUAAAUCUUUACGUUAAUUUGGAGAAGGAUUGUGUUUUGGGUUUUGGUUUCCCUUACAUUUGAAGGGAAAAAUGGAAGUAGAUGCAGGGAGCUAGCAAUGGCUAUAGGAGGAGAAGGGGAUUCUAGAUUUAUACUUUGACUACAAAUUAGGUACUUAUAUUUGUAGAGAGACUGUUGUUUCUUAUUUGGGAUUACAGCUGAGAGCUGAUUUGGAGAGGGAGUUCCAGUUGAAAUUAUGGGGGUUUGAAUAUUAUAAUCCCUUUUUGAGGUGGGAAUUGAAAGCUUAAGCUUGUGUUGUUGGUGAAGAAGGGGGAGCAAAUAUGGCUGCUAAGCUUUUGCAUUCGUUGACCGAUGACAACCCAGAUUUGCAAAAGCAGAUUGGGUGUAUGACAGGGAUCUUUCAGCUCUUUGAUCGUCAAAAUAUGCUAACUGGAGGAAGGCGUAUGGUUGGCCACAGCCCUAAACGAUUGAUUUCUGGUAGUCCUCACUUCAACGAUGACACUUCUGAAAAAGAGUUUAGCAGUAUCUACCCGAGACCAGAUAACCAAAUUCAUAAAAACGUUCAGGAGAAACAAAGGUUAUCCACAGAAUCAUCGAGACCCUCGUUCUCGUCUUCAUCCCGCUCCUCUUCGUUCUCUUCUCUUGAUUGUAAUAGAACAGUUCAGCCAGAGCCCAUGGCUUUUGAUCGCGUGAUUUUUCCCGAAACUCCCUCGAGAGACCAAGCAAUGAACCAGAUAAAAACGUCUCAAUAUGGUCGGCAAAGCCUCGAUAUUCGGGACGUGGUUAAGGACUCUAUGAAUAGAGAAUCUCAGGUGAAAUCGACACUCAGAGAGGAGGUGGCAGAAUCUAUUACGAAGCACCGGGAUUCUCCUAGGCCAUUGCAACUUUCCCAAACCUUUGACGGGAGCUAUGGACCGGGACUCUAUGCAAAGCAGAAUACGCCCGUUGACCUUAAAGAAUCUCUUAGAGUUCUUGCUAAACUUCGAGAAGCUCCUUGGUACUACAAUGAGCCUAGGCAACUUUCGAGAUCAUCAUCGUACCACUCGAAAGAUGGUUCUUCUAUUGCUAUCUCCAAAGAUGCUCCUCGGUUUUCAUAUGAUGGGAAGGAAACCCGUCAUCUAUCCUUUGAAUCACGUGACGUUUCCAAAUCUGCAUUGAAACAGCUCCCAAGACUUUCACUUGACAGUAGUAGAGAGGCUUCGGUACGGCCUCCGAGUGUUGUAGCUAAGCUAAUGGGUCUGGAAACACUUCCCGAUUCUUCGACACCGAGUGAUAGUGAUACGAGGUCGACCAAGAAUUGUCGAGUUGAUGAUCCACUCCCGCUCUCGAGGUCUUCGGAAGUAAGUGACAAAUGUAAACAUAUCCAAACUUCUAGCUCCACGAGAAACCUGUGGAAGGAUCCGACUUCGCCUCGUUGGAGGAACCCCGAUUCAGCAAUGAAGCCAGCCUCGAGAUUUCCGAUCGAGCCAGCGCCCUGGAGGCAUUUUGACAAGACACGAGCAUCUGAGAAACAAACAUCUAGGAACACGAAAACUCCCGCGAAGCUUCCCAACUCGUUUCCUUCUGUUUAUAGCGAGAUAGAGAAGAGAUUGAAGGAUCUUGAAUUCACUGAAUCUGGCAAGGAUCUCAGAGCGCUUAAGCAGAUACUGGAAGCAAUGCAGGUGAAGGGACUCCUCGAAACCCAAAAAGUCGAGGAAUCGAAGUGUUCGGGUCAAAAGGAGCAUCAACAAAAGUAUGCUAGUUCUCUACAGACUGCAAAGUUUACACACCAACGAACAAGGCAGAGUGAUCAAGCGACUGGUUCCACGAGCAGGGGGUCUAAUUCGUUAAGGCACUUCGAGUCCCCGAUUGUAAUCAUGAAGCCAGCAAAACUCAUGGAAGAAUCUGGUAUUCCACGUUCUUCGGUGAUUCCACUCGAUGGCUCAUCCUGUCCCUCCAAACAUCAGGGUAGAAAGGGAGCCAAAGAUCAAAGAGUGAACAUAAUCAAUUCCUCUGAUUCAAGAACCAACAAUAGAACUUCUAAAUCUUCACAGGCUUCAGCUAGGUCCAAAGAAAGCACCUCGGGCUCGUUAAAGACCUCGGGAUCCAUCAGCCCUAGAUUGCAACAAAAGAAACUCGAGUUGGAGAAGCGAUCUCGGCCACCCACACCCCCAUCUGAUCCUAACAGAUCGAGAAAACAAGCAAACAAGCAACCAAUGGAGUCCAACUCCCCCGGUGGAAGACGCAGGCCAAAGAUUUCCACUACCCAGCAAAACGAUGACCAACUGAGUGAGAAUGAAAUCUCCGUUCGAUCAAACGGGAGCGUUAUAUCAGACUCAAAAGAAGAUAUAGAAGUCACUAGUUCUUUAGCGUCUUUCGAGAAAAACAGCAUCCAGAGUCGUAUGAAAUCUGUUGAGUCCUUGAUUUCUAGUUGCAUAGAAAAGAGACCAACUUCUGUGCUUCCCGAAGAUGGAUCAUUGGCUGCUAUGGUUGCCCCCGAGUAUCCCAGUCCCGUUUCUGUCCUCGACAAUCUCGUGUACACAGAUGAAUCACCCUUGCCUGGGAAACGUGUCCCCGAAGUCCUAGAUGAUAAUGGAUACAAGGAUCCUGAUAGAGUUUCUAGUAACCCGUCUGAUGAUCUGUUGUCGAACAACAUUGGUUCCGGGAUUACCCCCCCGGAGUUCAACAGAAGGAAACUACAGAACAUUGAGAAUCUUGUUCAGAAACUGAGAAGGUUGAAUUCUAGUCACGAUGAAGGGCGCACAGAUUAUAUUGCGUCGCUCUGUGAGAACACCAACCCGGAUCAUAGAUAUGUUUCCGAAAUUUUACUAGCUUCGGGCCUUCUCCUUAGAGACAUCGGGUCAAGCAUAACGGUGUUCCAGUUCCAUCCAUCCGGCCUCCCAAUCAAUCCCGAGUUGUUUUUGGUUCUGGAGCAAACCAGGGCAAGUACUUCAGUGAAGGAAGAAAAUAUCGCCCAAUUCAAGUCCAAAGAGAAGGUCCACCGUAAGCUUGUUUUUGAUCUCGUAAAUGAAAUCCUUGCUACGAAACUGGCUUUUCUUGGAACCUUUUCCGAGCCGUGGGUGAAGCCCCAGAAGUUAGCGAAGAACACCCUGAACGCACAAAAGCUACUUAGAGAGCUGUGCUCGGAAAUCGAACAGCUUCAAGCUAAAUCAUCCAAAUGCGAGGUGGAGGACGAGGAUGAUGAGCUGAAAAACAUAUUGUGGGAGGAUGUGUUGCACCGGUCAGGGAGUUGGACAGAUUUCAACCAUGAAAUCUCGGCUAUUGUGCUUGAUGUCGAGCGUUUGGUCUUUAAAGACUUAAUUGGCGAAAUAGUGAGAGGCGAGGGCGAUAACUUGAGGAACAAACCAUCGAGGCGCAGGCAGUUGUUCACAAAGUAGCUACUUUGUUUCUUUCCUCCAUUUUCAAUGCUUCGUGUCGGUCAGUAAUUUCCCAUCUCGUUUUUUUUUUCCCUGAUUUUUAUCGGCUUUGUAAUGAGUAUGAUUAUAUGAAGAACGCGAAAGUGCAGUUGGAUGGAUUUUGAAGGAAAAUCUUUCCAGUUUCCACUCAAGUGUACUAACAGUAUACUGAUAGUGAUGUCAAUCUGUUCAAAACCACCUUGUAUAUCUCUUCCCAGAAUUCUCUUUAGCUUAGAGCUCUGAUUUCCUGUCAUUCAAUGCUUAAAUUUGGACAGUGUGCUUCAGCUUUUCAUUUCUGGUUUUAUAUGAAUGGCAGUGUAGUAACA